AAGGUGUGACCAAAUUUGUCUUUAAUAUGUAAAAUUGAACAUUUAGCAAAAGUUUGAGAAGAGAAUAGAUAAAGAUGAAAGUGGAGAAAGUGUGUGAAACGGAAAUGGAAGAUACGAAAAUAACCGACCAAAGCAGAGGAGCUGGCUAAUGGUCCACGAAUGCUGACCAAAUAAAGAGAGAGAAAAAAAAAAAAAAAGCUUGGGGUUCCCAAACAAACUGAUUCCCAUUCCAGGCCUCAUUUUCUUUCCUUUUACAAAUAUAAAAUUAAGCAAAAAAAAGUGGAAAACCGGGUACCGGCUAGGUUGGUGUACGGUGGUUCAUGGUUGAUGGGCGCGAAAAUUGAGAAAUUGCGGUGAAACUACUUAAAUGCGGCAGGUCCCUUCCUCAGGGCUCACUCCCAUUCGUCUUUUCUCUUCUUUUUUCCCUCUUUCAGAUUUUUAGAUUUAGAGAGAGAAACUUCUAUUAAUAAGACCUUUCUGUUAUAUAAUAAUAUAUUGAGAGAGAGAGAGAACGAGAGAGAGAUAAACGAGCGAGAGAGAGAGAGGGAAUAUGUUUCAGAUGGCUGUUUAUCUUCUUCCUUUUACCCCUCAUUUACAAGUUUGUUGAAAUAUCAUAAUAUCAACACGUACGGAUUUGACGAGAGAGUGAGAGAGGUUAUUGUUUCGUUUAGGGCCAAAUGGCGGAGUUGGUCGCUCGUACUGGUCGUCAAUUGCAGCGAUACAAAGACGGUUGCCGUCUCAUCGCCGGGUGUAUUCCUUUCAGGUAUAGAAACUGUGUUGAAAAUGGUAACAAGGUUGUGGAGGUACUAAUGAUCAACUCAACUAGUGGACCUAAUCUUGUGUUUCCGAAGGGUGGCUGGGAAAACGAUGAAACAGUUGAGCAAGCCGCAGUUCGUGAAGCCGUGGAAGAAGCUGGAGUUAGAGGGGAUUUAUUGCACUUUUUGGGUUACUACAGUUUCAAGAGCAAAACCCUGCAAGAUGAGUUUUGCCCUGAAGGUUUGUGCAAAGCUGCCAUGUUUGCUUUGCUUGUAAAGGAGGAGCUCCAGUUUUGGCCAGAGCAAAGUACUCGCCAAAGAAGCUGGCUGACCAUUCCGGAAGCCAUGGAGCGAUGCCGGCAUCAGUGGAUGAGAAUGGCCCUUGAGGAAGGCUUCUUGAAAUGGCAUGAAGAUACUUCGAAAGGAGAAAAUAAUCUGAUUUCAUCGGAUUUAUCCCUGGAGCAGGACUGAUCUCGCAUGGGCGUAUCUUUCACGAACUGAACUUUCUUUUCAAUUUCAAAGUUAGAUAGGCCAGAUUAAGGAUAUCAAAACAUGUGUUCAUCCUUUUUAGGUGUUUUGAUUUUUGUUGUUCUUUCGCUUUGAACGUAUAAUCAGUUUGUUUUGUAAUCAAGUCUGAAAUGACAGAAGAGAAAUGAGGAAAACAAAAGCCAAAAAAUGAUCCAUUCUUUUGCCUAAAGGAAAGCCAUUUCUGGGUUUCCAGACUUUCCAAGAUUGAGAAAUGUCCUCAUUUAUUUCUCAAAAAACAAUAAUAAUCUAUUAGCUUAUUACCAAAGAGUGGGUUUGCUCACUCAUUUAGUCA